AUGGCAGAGCCGGCGGCAAAGAAGGCCAAGGUUGAGAAGAAGACCUUCGAGGAGCAGCGCAAGGCAGUCGCGGAGGAAAAGGGCCGAGAGGAGCUGCUGGAUGGUCUCUUUGAAGCCUGGGACUACGAUGGCUCUGGCACCUUGACGCUGGAGGAGAUACUGCCUUUCUACAUGAAGAGCUCCCAGAAGCAUGAUGUUCUGGAGCCGCAGGUCCGAUCAGGCUUUGAGAAAUUCUGUUCAUCGCAAGGCAUCGAUCCUGCGAAAGGCUUAGACAAAGCGGUCUUCAAGAAAUGGCUGAGCAAGCUGUCCGAGGAGCAGCUCGCAGCGCAUUAUGUGCGACAUGUGCAGGGGUGGACAGAUGAUCCCUACAAGAUGAACAUGAACCUGGCGGUGAUCAAGGAUUUCAGAGGCAAAAGCAUCAAGGAGAUCCUUGAUUCUCCGGUGCAUGCCAUUCGAGGCCUCUCCGGUGAGAAUGGCGAGGCUACCCUGGAGAAGUUGGGCAUCAAAACAGUCCGCGAGCUGGCAGGAUGGCGAGUCUUCUUGCUGGCCCGGGCCAUCGUGACAAUGGCGCCAACAGAAAAUACCGACGAGGACGACAAAGACGCGAGCGGCCCUUCUGCCAAGAUGAAUAUCCGCAAUAUGCUGGAUGCGGAGUACGAGACGGCACCGCUGAAACAGGUGCUUGAUUUGCCGGUGUCGGCACUGAGCAUCCUGCCACCAGAAGGUGUGGAAGUGCUGGCGAGCAUCAAUAUCCGCACAAUCAAGCACUUAGGUACUCGGAAGUACUUUCACUGGGCAAAUGCGAUUCUCGAGCUUGAGCAGUACGAAGCCUGA